GUCAAGACGCCGAGCAGCAGCGGUAGCUGUGGUCUCUAGUCUAGAGAGAAGAGCCAAAUUCUCUGCGAUUGAAGGUCUCUUCUUUUAUUCCCCGAAAAUAACUUUCAGAAAUGGAUGGCCAUGACAAUGCAGAGAGAGAUUUAGAGGACACACACAAACUUCUUUACACUGAUCUCUGUGAAAAUAGCAGUGUGUUGGGAAUGGACUGUCUUCCUCCCAAACUAGACCACUGCGAUCUCCUGCUAGAUGCAAUGGAUGCACAGCUUGAGCAGCUCAAGGUUCAGCCUCCAAAUUGUGACUUUUCAGUUACUAAAGAACAUGAUUGCAGCAAAGCAGCCACUCUUAGGUGGAGUCAAUCUCUGAGCAAAGACACAAGCAUUGGAAGUGCAGUUGAGACAUAUGACACUCCCAUGUCUAGUCUUGAUUUGAUGCACACUCCAACAAUCAAGCAAAUAUCUGAGAAAACGGCAGGCUGCUGGGAAGGUCCUGUCACUCAGAGGGAAUCCAAAACGAGGCUUGACAGGAGCACAAGUGACAAAGAGGAAAUUGAAUCUCGAAAGGAACAGGUCAUUUGGAGGUUGGAGAGGCUGCUUGGAGAUGCCUGUAAAGAAAGAAAGAUUGCAGAUGAAACACAGCCUCCUUCAGAAAGUAUCUGCACUGAGGAUUUUGUCAGACGUUUCAGAGAGGAGAUGGUGGAACUGACUCUGCCAGAUAUGCAACAGUUAGACAGUGAAGAAAAAGCUAAGUGGAUAGAAAUCUCUGACAGCAGCAUUUGUGUGAGUGGUCUAAUUGAGCCAAACGUUGAGAGACAAGGAUCAGCAACAACUUGGGGAAGCCAGAAAAAUGCAGUGAUGGCUCACUCUUUCCAGUCAGGCAAUCCUGUUCAAAGAAAGCAACAAAGAUCAUGUCUCUUUAAGAAGUGUGGAGUUAAUAUGUCAAUAGUUAGUCAAGAAGCAGGAGCUGAAGAGAGAGACACAACCCCACUGAGACCCGAGGACGAUGGUAAUGACUCACACAGAACUGAGGUUGUAACAAAACCAGAAAACUUACUGCACAAUCACAGCAGCUCUUCUAAGGCCAAGUGUUUGGCAGGAGUACCUGUGUGGAGUUUUGACACUGUGUCGGUUGACAGUGACCUCGAUACAAUCUGCUCUGACCAAGUCAGGCAGCAUAUCCAAAAGUUGACAGGAUGGUGCUCUCUCAUUCAGUCUGUCACAGACCUGAAUGACCACUGUACUGACCAGAGUGGUGAUGACACACCCACACAAGAAGACAAUAAACCUCUGUCUACAUCUGGGAGCAGUUCGUCUUACAGAUGUUUACCAAACAGACGUCUUUCUGUCCAUAAAGCUCAAGAUAAUGGGAGAGAAACCUGGAGUGAUGAUAAGGACACUGAUGAAGACGUGAAUCACUGGAGUGGGACGUCCAGGCCUGUGAGGACAUCAGAGAAGAUGCAGUCAGAUUCAACCAAGAUGAAAGAGCGAUGGUUUAACCUCCAACAAAAGUCUGAGAAAGAAGAGGAGACAUUAAUGUUGAAGAGGACUCCGUUAAAGGAUGCUGAGCUCUGCCUUUUUCAACUCAGAGAGAAAAGGAAGCAUGCAUUGUGGCAAGUAGAGCAGCUGACUGCAGAGACAACACAGAUGGAAAAAGAAAUUAGCACUUUGAAAUCCAUUCUGAGAGACAGCAGGGAUGAGAAAGAGUUGGUUAGUUGCCAGCUACAGAAGCUGCAGAGGCAGAGAGAGUCCUGUCUCCUCGAGGUCAGACACAUUCAAGAAGAUCUUGCAACUUUGAAUCGGCAAAAACAGACUUUAAAAGAUGGAUCCCUCAUCAACAGGAGCAGGGUGAUCGUGUCAGCGCUGGAGCGUGAGGAGCUGGAGCGGCAGCUGGAUUGUGCCCAUACAAAACUGUUCGCUGAGCAGCGAUGUGCAAGAGAAAAGAUUGAGUCCCUGCAGGAGAAGCUGGAGGAGACUCUUGAGGAGCUUCACAGGUUCACAGAGGAGGAGAGUUCCCUGAGAAACAAAUGUGUUUGUCUGGAGGAGAAACAGAUACAGAAACAGGAAGAGAUUAAGACCCUGGAGCUCCAAGUGAGCAAGCUGCAGCUUGAACAGGGAGAAUGUAAGAUCAGAGUGGGAGUGCUGGAUAAAAUGUUGGCCCAGAAAGAGCAGCAGCUGUUAGAUUUACAGGAAACCUGUGGUACGCUGCAAACAGAAAGAGAUGAACUGAAGAGGGCGCUACAGCACCUGAAAAGCCAAAAACACAAAGAGUUGAAGGAAGCCCAAGAGCAAACUCAUACAAUGAUGAUUAGAAAGCAGGCUGAAGAGGAGAAAGUUAAUGCUCUGAAAGAAGAAACUCUGUUGCUAAUGCAACACAUUGAUUCAUUGCAAAGUUCCAUUCAGCUGAAAGAGGAAGAAUUAAUCAAACUAAGAACAUAUCUGCAGAAGGAAAAGGAAAUGGCAGAAAAACGUGAAGAGGAGUUGCAUGCAAAAGCCUUGGAAAAGGUACGCAAAGCAGCAGAGGAGGAGAGGAGACAGUGUGAGGCAGAAAAAGUGGAAGCUGUGGAAAAACACUGUGGAACACUGGAAGAGCAGAACAGAAAGAGUUUAGAGAGCUUGAUGAGUGAGAUGGAGCAAGAGAAGAGCAAAUCACUGGCUCUACAGCAUCAAGUAAUGGAACUAAAAACAAAAAUACAGGAGCUGGAGAGUGAAAGUUGUGCACAGCAGAGAGAACAGGAGUCUUUAUUGGCUGCAAUUUGCAAAUCACUGAAAGAGGAGCACCAGGCUGAGCUGCAGCGUUCACAGACACAUAUGGCGCAGCAGAGUCAGAGGAAGGCACUGCAGCUUGAGCGGGAUGUUCGGUUAGCUGUGGAGGAGAGUGACAGGCUUCGGGUGAUGCUAGAGAAAAGGGAGAGCAGCCAUAAGCUCUUCACAGCUGAGAUGGAGCAACAGCUCAGGCACUGGACCCAGCAGCUGCAAGCGGAGUGCCGGCAUCUGCACAUGUUAGUGGAGCAAAGAGCUGAAGAGCUGCCUCAGAGUCUUACAGUAGCUGAAGCUUUCACACAAAUAAGAACUCUACGGGAGCAGUUAAAGCAUUUUAUUAGUCAUCUUUACCAGGAGCUGGAUUCACAGAAACAAGCCAAGGAGCAACUUAGAAAAGAUAAGGAGCGAGAACUGAGCAUGCAAAGGCAACAGCUGAGGAUAGAGAGAGAUCAAGCGUUGAAUUCUGUAAAGGAGCGUCUCAUUCAGGAGCACAUCGAGGAGUUGAGCAGUUUGAAAUGGGCUCAUAUGAGUGAUGGAGGAGGAGCUGAGGGGGGAGGAGUGGCAGCAUCUCUCCGCAGGCAGCUGAAGGCCAAAGACCUGGAGCUCCGGCAGGUUCAGAGGAGCAUGGCUCAGUGGAAAGAACGCACUGCAGCUCGCCUGGCGUGCAAGUUUAAAGAAGAGUUAACAGCUGAACUGGAAAGGUGCAAGGCAAAGUUGAUAAGGGGCAGAAAAGCAUCGAAGACUCAAGAGGUGAGCCCUGAAGGAGAAACAAAGCUUAGUGCAAAGGAAGACCAGAAGGCAGUUUGCUCUCCCUGUUUUCGCGCUGUGGAGUCUCAUAGCCCAUCAAACUUGGCUUCAUUUAAGCUUCUGCGUUAUCUCCAGAGCAGAGUGAAGCAGCUCCAUGUAGAAAACCAGGCCUUCAUGUGGAGUUCACCUCAAGAUAUAAUGCCUUUAGAUUCAUCAGUCUAUCACUCGCAGUCAAGACGGUGCUGGGGUUCUGAGUCAGUCUGAAAAUGGACACGAAACCUUACACUCUGAAAGAGGGAAUACCCACCACUGAUAUGAUGUCCUUUAUAUCUCAAAUAGGUCCUCUAAACUGUUCUGUGGUCAUGGAUAUGAGUCAUUCACUGUUUCAUCUGCAUAAGAUAGCAGAUUAACAAGCAGGUCACGGUGACAAAUAUUGUGGUCACCGAGCGAAGUCACAUUUUUUUCUGUGCUGAGGCAGUCAGAUUUUAUGGUCUUUGGGUACAGUGAACUGUGAAUGAAUGAUGAACCAACAUGUCUAUGGAAAUUGGAGAUCAUGUGUUAUGUCAAACAACCUCAUAAAGCUGACAAGUCCUUGAAGGAAUCCCUUGUGUAAUGUGUUUUAUUAU